AUGGAUUGCUGGUUGAAAUCUGGAAGUUCUAAACUGAAAGAAAGCAGUAAUUUUACCAGCAUUCAACAAACAGAAAAUAAUGAAAUUAACGAUGGAGAACCACCUUCAAUUCUAAAAGAACCAGUUAAGAAAAAAGCAAAGAAAACUCGCAAAUAUGACAAAGAAUAUCUUAAAUUUGGAUUCUCAUGGACUGGAGAUGAAAAAGAGCCUAUUCCACUUUGCAUCAUUUGUUUUGAAAAUCUAACAAAUGAAAGCAUGAAACCUUCCAACGAUUUAAAUCAGUCUGAAAAAGUAAAGUGGGGUUUGACAGGAGGUGACAAUCAAAAAAUCCUAGAAGCUUCAUAUUGCAUGUCGCUUUUAAUUGUGAAAUAUAGUGCAACGGAGACAAUUGGUGAAACUUUAAUCAAGUCUGCAGUUAAGAUAAUGGCAGAAGUAAUGAAAGGAGAUAGAGCGAAACAAACUUUUGACCGUGUUCCCCUCUCAAAUAAUACAGUUCAUCGACAAAUCAUUGGUAUGUCUAAUAAUGUAAAACAGAUAUAUGAAAAGGAUCAAGAAAUUCAUGACAACUUUUUAUUUUGUCAACCUUUAUCAGAUCACACAACAGGAGAAGAUAUCUUUAAUGUUAUGAAUAAAUCUAUGCAAGAGAACAAAACUGAUUGGAAUAGAUGGAGCAAAAAGUAUGGUCGGAAUUAA